UGUUAUAUGAACUUCAAUGUUUCAACCGAGUACAAAUACUUGAUGCACAGCCAUUCACGUUGAGGGUCAAGUAUGUUGAGGAUGACGCUAUAAUCGUCAAAAUGUCAAGUUUCUCUAGAUCAGCGCAGCAAUGGGCCACCUUUGCUCGUGCUUGGUUCUUAAUCGAUGCUAGGUUGCAGCCUCCUGGGAAGAUAGCGACCAUGUGUUCAGUUCGACUACAAGGGAAGCACAAACCUAUUUACCAUGCACUCAGUGAUUGUGGUGAUCAUGUGGUGGUGAUCAACACCAAACACAUCGCCUUCUCUGGAAAUAAAUGGGAGCAGAAAGUCUACUCGUCCCACACGGGCUAUCCAGGAGGGUUCAAACAAGUCACUGCUGCUCAACUCCAUCACAAAGAUCCGAAAGCUAUAGUGAAGCUAGCAGUGUAUGGAAUGUUGCCUAAGAACAUCCAGCGACGCACAAUGAUGCAGCGCUUACACAUCUUUCCUGAACACGAGCUGCCUGACGACAUCCUCGCCAACCUGACUGAGCAGUUGCCUCAGCCGAGAGAAAUUCCCAGGAAGCUCAACGAAUACUCACAGGAAGAGAUAGACGCCUUCCCCAGGCUGUGGACGCCACCUGAAGACUUCAAGAUGAAAUGACAACACAGCUGCAACGUUUAAAUCGUACACACACACAAACACAAAUUGUUGACAAUACAAAGAAGACUCAUAUGUAAUAAAACUAAUAAUUUUUAUGAUUAAUAGUUUUUUUUCAUCGUAUUCAAAUGGAAAUAUCUAAUAAACAAUUUAUUAGA